AUGUGGGGGGACACGCAGAGUGACAGGGGGGCCGCGUGUGUGACCCGUGGGUGUCUCGGCAGCGGCGCCUACUCGCUGACGCUGCGGGACCUGGCGGUGCAGGCGCUGGGGCUGCGGGCCCUGCAGGAGAUCAGCAGUGGGAUGGUGCUCGUCCACCACAACCCCCAGCUCUGCUUCCUCCAGAAGGUGCCCUGGGACAGCAUCUUCCGCAACCCCCGCCAGCGCCUCUUCCAGACGCACAACAAGCCCCCUGAGCAGUGUGAGAGCGAGGGGCUGGUUUGUUUCCACCUCUGCGCCCACGGGCACUGCUGGGGCCCCGGCCCCACCCAGUGCGUGGCCUGCGAGCGGUUCCUGCGCGGCCAGGAGUGCGUGGCCUCCUGCAACCUCCUGGAUGGAGCCAUCCGGGAACACGCCAACGGGACGCGGUGCCUGCCGUGCCACCCCGAGUGCCAGCCCCAGAACGGCACCGAGACCUGCUUCGGAUCGGAGCCGGACCAGUGCGUGGCCUGUGCCCACUACAAGGACGCCCAGCAGUGCGUGCGGCGCUGCCCCAGCGGGGUCAAGGCCGACGCCUCCUUCGUGCCCGUCUGGAAAUACCCGGACGAGGAUGGGGUGUGCCAGCUCUGCCCCACCAACUGCACCCACUCGUGCACCAUCCGGGACGAGGACGGGUGUCCCGUGGACCAGAAGCCGAGCCAGGUGACGUCCAUCAUCGCCGGCGUGGUGGGGGCUCUGCUGGUCAUCGUCCUGCUCCUCAUCACCGUCAUCUGCGUCAAGCGCCGGCGGCAGCAGGAGCGCAAGCACACCAUGAGGCGCCUGCUGCAGGAGACCGAGCUGGUGGAGCCACUGACGCCCAGCGGGGCCCUCCCCAACCAAGCCCAGAUGCGGAUCCUGAAGGAGACGGAGCUCAAGAAAGUGAAAGUUUUGGGUUCUGGUGCUUUUGGCACCGUCUACAAGGGCAUCUGGAUCCCCGAUGGGGAGAGCGUGAAGAUCCCGGUGGCCAUCAAGGUCUUGCGGGAGAACACAUCACCCAAAGCCAACAAGGAGAUCCUGGAUGAGGCCUAUGUGAUGGCGGGGGUGGGCAGCCCCUACGUGUCCCGGCUGCUGGGCAUCUGCCUGACCUCCACGGUGCAGCUGGUGACGCAGCUGAUGCCCUACGGCUGCCUCCUGGACUACGUGCGGGAGAACAAGGACCACAUCGGCUCCCAGGACCUGCUCAACUGGUGUGUGCAGAUCGCCAAGGGGAUGAGCUACCUGGAGGAGGUGAGGCUGGUGCACCGCGACUUGGCCGCUCGCAACGUCCUCGUCAAGAGCCCCAACCACGUCAAGAUCACGGACUUCGGGCUGGCUCGGCUGCUCGACAUCGAUGAGACCGAGUACCACGCCGAUGGGGGCAAGGUGCCCAUCAAGUGGAUGGCGCUGGAGUCCAUCCUGCGCCGGCGCUUCACGCACCAGAGCGACGUCUGGAGCUACGGUGUCACGGUGUGGGAGCUGAUGACGUUCGGGGCCAAGCCCUACGACGGAAUCCCCGCGCGGGAGAUCCCGGACCUGCUGGAGAAGGGGGAGCGGCUGCCGCAGCCGCCCAUCUGCACCAUCGACGUCUACAUGAUCAUGGUGAAAUGUUGGAUGAUCGACUCCGAGUGCCGGCCCAAGUUCCGGGAGUUGGUCACAGAGUUCUCCCGCAUGGCCCGCGACCCCCAGCGCUUCGUGGUCAUCCAGAACGACCUGGCGGGGCUGCCGGGCUCCAUGGACAGCACCUUCUACCGGGCGCUGCUGGAGGAGGAGGACAUGGAUGACCUGGUGGACGCCGAGGAGUACCUGGUGCCUCACCACGGCUUCUUCAGCGCCGACACCUCCACCACCUACCGCAGCCGCAUCUCCUCCGUGCGGAGCACGGCAGAGUCUCCGGCCAAGGUGGAGGAGGGCGAGGGCUUGUCCUCCUUCCCCUUCCCCGCCCAGGGCCUGGUGGAGGGGCCGGAGAGCCCCAUGCCAGAGGUGCCAGAGGGGGAGGGGGGGGUCAAGGCAGCCCUGCAGAGCCCUCCGGGGCGGGAGCCUGGCCCCCUGCCCCGGUACAGCGAGGAUCCCACCGGGCUGGUGGCCGAGGACAGCGAGGACCCCGAGGGCUUCACCGCCACGGCCCCCCACAGCACCAUGCCAGAGUACGUGAACCAGGCCGGGGAGCGUCCCCCCCGCGCGCCCCUGUCCCCGCCGGACAAGCCCAAGGGGCACCAGGGCAAGAACGGGCUCAUCAAGGACCCCAAGCUGCCGUUCCCGGGGCCCUUCGGCCACGCCGUGGAGAACCCCGAGUACCUGGCCCCUCCCCCCGGCCCCUUCAGCCAGGCCUUCGACAACCCCUACUACUGGAACCAGGACCCCCCCAAGGGCGGGGGGCCCGAGGGCGGCCCCGGCGCGACGCCCACGGCCGAGAACCCCGAGUACCUGGGCCUGGCCGGGCCCGAGGCCGUGUGAGAGACCCCCCCGACCUCGCCGAGGCAGCUCAGGGAGGGACGAGCCGCGGCCACGGGGCUGGGCACUGUCCCCUCUGCCCCCCCUGGGGGUGGCCCCGGCCACGCGGGGCUGGGAGAGCCCAGGACGCUGAGGGACAGCGAGGUGUGGGGACAGAGGGGUGACCCCCCCACGCCGGGGGGUGCCCGGGGAAGGACAGACUGGCACUAUCACCCACCACCACUGCAGGGCUGUCCCCGUGUCCGUGUCACCGCUGGGACACACGGAAUGCACUGAGAGCAGCCGGACAGGACGCCGGGCCUGUCCCGGUUCCCCCGGGACCCUUUGGAAGCCCCGGGAUGUAUAUUUGAGG